AUGGCCCAGCGCCAGGACAUCGUCAUUAGCCAUUUCUCGCAUCCAGGGCACGAGCUCGUGAAGCGCCACCACACUGGGCUGUUCCGCUGCGAUAUGUGCUGGGAGGACCUAUCCGGCAUGGCAUACAUCUGCCGUGCCGGCUGCGACUUCUGCAUCCACGAGUCUUGCGCCGGCCACUCACAGACGUUCUCCUCCCCCGAGCACCAUGUGCACCCGCUCACGCUCGUCCAGACCCGCCGCGACGCAACCCUCUCAUGCGAUGUCUGUUUUGGGCUAUGCGCCCCUAGCUCCUUCCUCUACCGCUGUCCACCAUGCGGGUUCGAUAUGCACCCAACCUGUGCGCUGCUCCCCCAAGUCGUGCGCAGCGUGCGAGACCCUACGCACGACCUCACGCUGGUCGUCGCCGACGGCUGCUGUGCCGCGUGCGACACUGGCGCGGGGCACGCGUCGUACUACCGCUGCACGGCAUGCAACGUCGACUACCACAUCUCGUGUGCAGCGAGCACCGGCGACAACAACAGCGCUCAUGAAGCUCAAGAUGCCCUUGACGCUCAGAUUGUACGAUCAAGGAUCCAAGAGCAGACUAGAAACGCCAUCUUGGACCUGUGGAGUCCUGCCUAUACUGUACGCAGAGAGUACUUCUAG